UACGGAGUCAUUAAUUCGACUAUUUCAAAACAAUUUGAAGUUCUUGAAAAUGGGCUAGAAACGAAAUUUGCAGAAAAUUUUCAAGCUUUGGAGAGGACGAACUCAAAUCGUGAUGAUAUAGAACAUUUACAGAGAGAAUUAAUGAACUGCACUCGAAGAAUCAGCAAUUUAGAGGAGAUGUUUACGUGGAACAGAGCUAGCAACAAUUUUUUCUACAAAUUAUUUCACGAUAAAGUAACUUAUGAAACUGCUAGAUCGAACUGCAAGAGAAUGGGAGCGAAUCUUGCAUCUGCGGGAGUCCGCGAUUCUACAGUACGAAGUCAACUGAUUUCGUUGAUCAAAUCUGGAGAAAGUGACGUCUGGAUCGGUUUGGAUGAUCUUCAGCGGGAGGGGAACUUCAUUUGGGCAGAUGGCGUCGUCUCUACUAAAGCAAAUAGUGAUUGGUCUACAAACCAACCAGACAAUGCGAGAAAUGUAGAAGAUUGUGUGUACCAGAUGCAUCAAUAUUGUAUGAACCGCCAAGACUUCUCAACUGGAACUAACCAAGUUGCAAAACGAGGACGAGUCGGCAAAGCUGGGCCCAGGGGACCUCCUGGAAUAGUGAACUACGGAGUUAUCAAUUCGACUAUUUUAAAUCAAUUCGAAGUUCUUGAAAAUGGGCUAGAAACGAAAUUUGCAGAAAAUUUUCAAGCUUUGGAGAGGACGAACUCAAAUCGUGAUGAUAUAGAACAUUUACAGAGAGAUCGAACUGCAAGAGAAUUGGGAGCGAAUCUUGCAACUGCGGGAGUCCGCGAUUCUACGGUACGGAGUCAACUGAUUUCAUUGAUAAAAUCUGGAGGAAGUAACGUUUGGAUCGGCUUGAAUGAUCUUCAGCGGGAGGGUAACUUCAUUUGGGCAGAUGGUGUCGUCUCUACUAAAGCGAAUACAGAUUGGUAUACGAACCAACCCGACAAUUAUAGCAAUGAAGAUUGUGGACAUUUUUCCCCUGGGUAUGGAUGGAAAUUGAAUGAUGCUCCAUGUAGCUAUCUGAUGAACUAUCUAUGUGAAAAACAAAUUUAAAAUUUGAAAAAAUUAGGGAUAUGGAAAGACGUUUUAACUUUUUCCCACAAAAGAGAGUGAGUGUCCACACACGGUUAACUACAUUUUUACUAUAUAUACUUGUAUAU